CAUAUAGACAACCUAACAACAGAACCAAGAAGGAGCUGUUAUCGUUCAGAGCGCUACGGAAAGGUGGGACCGACUACUGAAGAAAAUAACUCCUGUCCACCGCUGGAAACUGAAAGUAACUAAAUAGCUCGCCCAUAGGAAGGAUUUAUCCCACUCGGACUGGAAAGUGAAUACAUUGUUGUGUUGAUGACGUACUGAACGAGUGUCAUUAGCAACAGACGGUUCAGUUGUAUGCUGUUGGUUCCGGCCAGUGAGGUCCCGACCCCUUCGCCAAAAUCCGGCUGUUAGAUGUGACCACGAGGCUGAUCAGGAGAAGCCACCAUGUCUUAAACGGAGACGGGCCCUCGGGAGCCCUGUCCCCCCACCCGGGCUCCCCCUCGCCCAUCCACCACCUGCCCCUCACCCCCGGCCCGGCCCCGCUCCCGGACCUCCCGCCCCAUGUCAGGGACCGGCUCCCUGGCUCGGGCUCCCCCCUGGUCCCCAGCUCCCCGCCCUACGGGGCCAUGAGCCAGCAGAAGCACCGGCACCUGGGCGCAGGGGUGAUGGGCUCGGACCGGGACAUCCAGUCCACCGCCUCCUCGGUCUCCCUUCCCUCGGUGAAGAAAGCCCCCAAGAAGAAGCGGCGCCUCUCCUUGGCCUCGCUGUUCCGGAGGCGAGGCCGGGAGUCCAAGGCCACGCGGCACCGGUCCCGGGAGAUCCAGCUUCACGGCCACGGGGGGCUCAGCGGCGUGGACGGCAUCGCAAGCAUCGAGAGCAUCCACUCUGAGAUGUGUAGCGACAAGAGCUCGGCCUUGUCCGCCGCCCCCGCCAUCGCCUCCACCUCGGCUGCCUCCGGGCCCGGCUCCGCCUCCUCCUCCACCUCCAACGCCGCGGGCGGGUCCGGGGCGACGGAGCUGCUGGAAUGCCCCCUGUGCCUUCUGCGCCACGCCCGGGACAGCUUCCCCGACAUCAUGACAUGCCACCACCGUUCCUGCGCAGACUGCCUGCGCCAGUACCUGCGCAUCGAGAUCUCCGAGUCCCGCGUCAACAUCAGCUGCCCCGAGUGCUCGGAGCGCUUCAACCCCCACGACAUCCGCAUCAUCCUGGGUGACCGCGCCCUCAUGGAGAAGUACGAGGAGUUCAUGCUGAGGAGGUGGCUGGUGGCCGACCCGGACUGUCGCUGGUGUCCUGCACCGGACUGCGGGUACGCGGUAAUCGCAUUCGGCUGCGCCAGCUGCCCCAAGAUCACGUGCGGCCGCGAGGGCUGCGGCACGGAGUUCUGCUACCACUGCAAGCAGCUGUGGCACCCCAACCAGACCUGCGACGCGGCGCGCCAGCAGCGGGCCCAGAGCCUGCGGCUCAGGACAGUGCGGUCGUCCUCGCUCAGCUACAGCCAGGAGAGCGGCGCUGUAGCUGACGACAUCAAGCCGUGCCCGCGCUGCGCCGCCUACAUAAUCAAGAUGAACGACGGCAGCUGUAAUCACAUGACCUGCGCCGUCUGCGGCUGUGAGUUCUGCUGGCUGUGCAUGAAGGAGAUCUCUGACCUGCACUACCUGAGUCCGUCAGGCUGUACGUUCUGGGGCAAGAAGCCGUGGAGCAGGAAGAAGAAGAUCCUCUGGCAGCUGGGCACGCUGGUGGGGGCCCCGGUGGGCAUCGCCCUCAUCGCCGGCAUCGCCAUCCCAGCCAUGAUCAUCGGCAUCCCUGUGUACGUGGGGAGGAAGAUCCAUAACCGCUACGAAGGCAAAGACAUCUCCAACCACAAGAGGAACCUGGUGAUAGCGGGUGGCGUGACCCUGUCCGUCAUCGUGUCUCCGGUGGUGGCAGCCGUCACUGUUGGCAUCGGCGUGCCCAUCAUGCUGGCCUACGUCUACGGCGUGGUGCCUAUCUCUCUGUGCCGCAGCGGGGGUUGCGGCGUCUCUGCCGGCAACGGCAAGGGCGUCCGCAUCGAGUUUGAUGACGAGAACGAGAUGAACGCCGGGAGCGGUGCAGUCGCGACCGACACAACGUCGGUGGCCGACACCCGUAACAACCCCAGUAUCGGCGAGGGCAGCGUGGGGGGUCUCACGGGGAGCCUGAGCGCCAGCGGCAGCCACAUGGACCGCCUGGGCGCCAUCCGGGACAACCUGAGCGAGACGGCGUCCACCAUGGCCCUGGCCGGCGCCAGCAUCACCGGCAGCCUGUCUGGCAGCGCCAUGGUCAGCUACCUGAACAGGCUGGAGGUGCAGGCGGAUGUGCAGAAGGAGCGCUGCAGCCUGAGCGGCGAGUCGGGCACGGUCAGCCUGGGGACAAUCAGCGACAACGCUAGCACCAAAGCAAUGGCUGGAUCCAUUCUCAACGCCUACAUGCCCCUGGACAGAGACUGCAACAGCAUGGAGGUGCAGGUGGACAUCGAGUCCAAGCCCGGGAAGCUGCGGCACCACAGCGGCAGCAGCAGCGUGGACGACGGCGGCGGCGGCAGCGGGGGCCACGGCGGCCGCUGCGGCUGGACCUGCCCGUCGGCCGCCUGCGCCGCCUCCUUCUCCUUCUCCGAGGGUAAGGGGGCCCGGGAGGCCAACGGCUCCUCCUGCUCCUCGUCCACCGGCUCGGGCGGUAAGAAGAGCAAGGGCAAGCUCCGCAAGAAGGCGGGCGGCCCCAAGAUCAGCGAGACGCGCGAGGACAUGGACUCCCACCUGCUGGAGCAGCGCAGCACCAACUCCUCGGAGCUGGACUCGCCGUCGCUGAGCGGCAGCUUGCCCUCCGUGGCCGACUCCCACUCCAGCCACUUCUCGGAGUUCAGCUGCUCGGACCUGGAGAGCAUGAAGACGUCCUGCAGCCACGGUUCGGGGGGCGGCGGCGGGGAGCACCACGCCCUGCGCUUCGCCACCGUCAGCCCGCUGCCCGAGGUGGAGAACGACCGGCUGGAGACGUACCCCGCUGCGGCGGGGUCCCCUUCUCCGCCCCUGUUCCACCACCCCCCCGCCUUCGCCACGGCCCCCUCGUCCCUGGGGCCCGGGGCAGAGCCCUCCCCACUGUGCCUCAUCGCCGAGGAGCACGUCGGCCUGGGGUGCCCCGCCCGGCCAAUUGGAGAGCGGCUGAAAGAAACCGCCAACAACCAGGAGGAGGAUGAGGAUGAGGAGCAGGAGGAGGAAGAAGAAGAAGAAGAAGAAGAAGAGGAGGAGGAGGAGGAGGGGGAGGAGGACGGCCAGCAAGCACAGCACCAAUCCCCAGCCCAACAGCAGCCUAAGAACUCCUGUAUCCAGACUGAGAUCUAAGGCCUCAAGUGCUGCAAAGACGCCACGCUUUUUGACUAAUCUUUUCUCCUCCUCCUCGAAUUAAACCCUGCAGCUUAUACAGGCGGAGCUGCUGUUCCCAGUUUCACAUUUGUUCUCCUCUCCUGGAAUAACGACGCAUCCCCUUUUGACAGAGUACAAAGUACGUUCUGUGUUCACUGACAGAGAGGUCGAGAGGUGAGUUUCAAGUAGACGGUUCAAAAGCAAAGGGGCAGGUGGUCGGUGUUGAGGGAGGCGUGGAAGGGGAUCGAAGUUGGGUUUUGUUGGUUAGUUAUUUUUACCACAGGUGACCUGUGUUGCUCCUCAGCAUCCUGAGAGCCGCUGGUGACGGUGGCCCACCUCUCAGCGUGCCGGUGACCCGUCGGCGGUGGCUGCCACGUUGUGAUCCGCGUAGGCUCACUCAAACGACCCACUGUGUCUUGAAGGGAUCCGGCCCAAAGGGGACCAGGCGGCCCGUGAUUCGCAAUUUUUGUUUCUUCUCGUAUUCGAAAGGACAGCCUUCCGCUCUAAACUGGACCAGGCUUGAUCGUAACGCCCUUAAUGCAAUUCACCAGAGAAAUGAGAAAAGACCUAUUUAAAAGUCCCCAAGAAAAAAAAAAAAAGCACAGGUAUCCUCAGACCAAUGUUAAAGAGUUACACCAUGAAAGACGAAAUCUGCAA